GUGUCGGUUGCUGCCUGGGCACCGGUUUACGGCUAAAGAACAAAACAAGAAUAACAAUCUUGUUUUCGUGGGAGUGCAUGCCUCGAAUAUCAACAAUAACGUCCGUGCCUCAAUAGAGCGCCGUUCUGUGGGACGCGAGGUAUGAGCUACGCGAACCGUGCUGGGGGAGGGGCACUGGGAUGUCGAGGACGUUACGCACGUGCAGCGCGCCUCCACCUCAGUAGCCAAUUAAUACUCUUCUCUUUCAGUAUUAUUUUUUUUAACUCUUCUAACAAGGGGGCGGAGGGUCUGUCUGCAUUCCCCGAGUCUCUGAUUGCGCCCUCCUCGCGGAUAUUUUUUUUCCUGCCGCGCUUGUUCGAUCUGUGCGUGCCUGCACGCGCCGGCCACCCUCCUAUCUAUCGCCCCCCCUCGGCGACGAGGUUGGUUGCGCCGCGCUCGAGCAACGAACGUGCGACGCACGCCUGCGGAGGGGCGGGGAGGUGGGUGGGGGUGGCGAUAAAAGCGUCUCGUCUCUCAGCGGACACGCUCGCGUUCGUGUUGCUUGCUUCUUUCUGCUUGUGGCGGCGCACUCGCUCGCCUUUUCGAAAGGCGUGUGGAGUCAUCGCACGGUAAAGAGAGGCGGUGGCGUGCAGGCCGCGGCCCGAAGCGAGGAGGCACUCCGCCGUCUCGACGCGACACGCGAGUGCGUUGACAGACAUCUCGGCUGCGGUAGCAGACGACGGACGGGGAGAAGAGCGGAGCAGACGACGCGCAAACCGCCAACGGACGGCGAGGACGCGAGGGUGCGGUUGUUUGGGGCUGGUGGGUGGCAGGCGGAGGAAAUCGGUGGCGGGUGCGACGACGGCGGGAGGUGGUGCGGUGGGGGUGCGCAGGAUUCUUCCCAAGGUUGCCGUGCGUGCGCGACAGAUUCGGCAUCAGCGUCCGCGCGGCAACGGCUUUCGCUCGCCCCUGUGUUUCUGCAGCGACGGGACCGGAGAACCGCUGGCGGCGCGCCGGUGCCGCGGCGGGGAGCUGCAUCAGCAGCAGCUGGGCGCGGCGGCAUCAUCAUCCGUGGAGGGGGCACCAGGAUGGGGUUUGUCCCGCUCCUGUUGCCGGCGCUGCUCGCCGUAGCGGCAGCGGCGUCGGCGGCCGGCUUGGACGGGUUCGACUGGGCCGGGCGGCUUGCGCAGCCCACCUGCCUCGAGAUACCGGCCAACCUGACGCUGUGUCGCGGCAUCGGCUACACGCGCAUGCGACUGCCCAACCUGCUCGAACACGACAGCAUGGCGGAGGUUCAACAGCAGGCGCGCUCCUGGGUGCAGCUGGUGAACCGGCGCUGCCACCCGGACACUCAGCUCUUCCUGUGCUCGCUCUUCUCGCCCGUCUGUCUGGAGCGGCCCAUCUUUCCCUGCCGAAGCCUGUGCGAGGCCGUGCGCAGGGGAUGCGAGUCCACCAUGGCACACUACGGCUACCCGUGGCCGGACAUGGUCCGCUGCGACAAGUUUCCCCUGGACAAUGACAUGUGCAUCGGUGUGCAGAGCGCCGCUGCAGCGAGCGAGGCCUCGGCGUCGGUCGCCUGCAGGGCUUGCCAACAGGCCAACACGACGGAGUCGCUCGUGGACAACUACUGCCGCGCCGACUUCGUGGUGCGUGCCCGGGUGAAGCGCCUUCAGGGAUCUCAGCUGCAGUGCAAGCGCUCAAAGCUGCUCAAGCUGCGCCAGGGCCUGCCACGACGUCAGCUUCGGCGCCCUGUCCUCAAGGCGCCAGACUUUGAACGCUGUUGCGGCCCGCUCAAGGGACAGCUGCUGCUCAUGGGGCUGCGUGCCGAAAACGGCAGUCUGGCCCCUUUGCUCAUCAUGCCCUGGCGCCGCACCACGGCCUUCCGCAAGGCCCUGCGGCUCAUGCGCGGAGUUGACUGCGCCAACCCGCUGCAGCACUAGUCGGUCUUGGAAAGAAGGAAGGUUGGCUGUGACACGUUUUUCUUCGGACGUGCAGCUGAAACCCAGAACGUCCUGUCUUCCAGCCCUACGAUGGCCUGGACAGUGGGGCCGCGCAUUUCUCUCUUGCUGGAGGGUAGCCGGCAUCGCAAACGAAGCAGAUGUGUUGUUCCUGGCAAGUCUUUGUUGAGGGUACAUGAAACUAAGUGCUUGCCUAAUUUGCCUGAAACAGCAGAAGUAAGGUCAUGUCCGAGAGGAAGGCAGACAGGUGCUCCGACUGUUCUGUAUUGCACUCCAUUUCGCACUUUACCGAGGUUUUGCGACAACAGAAAGUGCAUAGCAUUCUACUUUUCUACCACUUCCUCUUCCUCGUACCUCCUUAGUGCUUUUCUUUUUCCUGUCUUUCUUUUGCCAUGAACAUUAAAUAUGCACGUCACCAUGCAAGAAAGGCAAGAAUUAAAAGCAUCAGUACUCCUGAUAAGCAUAUCAGAAGCAAAGUUGCCAAAUCGAACAUGUCAGUGUUGUGAAGCAAAGUAGGCGUUUGGUAUUUUACGUCUUCAAACGAGACAUCAUUUUGUAGUCUGUUCAGUACUACUGCCUGUCAUCUAAUAGAAAAUGGAGGUGCAUUUGGUACAUCUCUGCAAUCUGCACUUCAUGCAAGACUGCAGAUUUCAUGCUGCACAGCUGACGCUGAACACAAGCGAUAAGCUUCUGUGCCAUCUACGCUUCAUAUACAAAGUAUGGCUGGCAAUGACAUUAGCAUCAAUGCCCUCUCGGAAGAAUCAGCGCCUGUGUGUAUUGCUCCAUCACUGCAGUGAUCAAUCAGUUUUCAAAAUAUUGCUUUCCAUUUUCUCUGACUGGCAAUACAGGGGAGUAGAUGUGAACGAAGAACUUGGCAGACGCCUUAUCUGUGAGCUUUGUUUUUAAUGUUACACAUCUAGUGUUUGUGCUGACAGGAUGAGUCACUGACAUCAUCAUGUGAACAAACCUCUAUUCCCACAGUAAACUGCAGCACUGAUGUUCCACUCAAAGGUAAAAGUAACCCUCAGGUGGCCAGUUAACCAUAUUACUCUAGCACUCUCAAAGGUGUCACACCCUGUUGGUUACACUUUUCUUUUAUGACAAUAACUGUCAUUGUUGUGAACAUUUUCUUUUUCUUGUGCUGCUUACCUCGUAGGGGUCGCACACAGUCCUGGUGAAAAAAAUGUGCAUCCCAGCUGGAAACUAUAAACAUGUUUGAAAUAUGUUUCUGUUGACAUGGUUGAAGCCCACUGUCAUUUUAGCAAACUUGCUGUUGCACUUAGCAGAAUUUUCUGUAAUGGCGAAAAUAUGCUUUCAGGAAAUUUCCACAAAGUAUUUAGUCUAUUCUAGCUGGUAUUAAAUGAUACUUCAGUGAAAUCAUUGGGGGUGGGGGGGGGGAGCGAAAAAAAAAAGGCAGCACUAUUUGCAGUGCCUGUCUUCACUGUAAACGUUUUUGGCAAAUUGUAUUUAGAAAUAUGGAAUAUUUUUUCACAGGCACCAAACAAACAUUUUUCUAUAACGUAAGCAAACACUGCCAUAAAAAUUUAAACACCUUAGAAGUGCCUUUCCAGUAUUCACUGCAUUGCUAUCACUAAAAUUGAAAGUUUUGCUGAACAGAAGAAAAAGUCUGAUAAUUGCAUUGGAACCUAAUUUGCUUACCAUAUUUUGGGAGGAUUUUUUCUAACCAAUUUAUCAGACCACAUUGGCAUAUAGCACAUGCAAAAUGGCAACACUUGAGGUUUUGCAUGUUAGUGUGCAACAGCAACGUAUACAAGGUGACUAAUGCUUUUAUUUCUAGGUGUAUGUAAUUGCAGCUGUAACACUAUGGUACACUUCAAUUACCUUUCUUUCUAGGCACACUGUCACGGACAAAUGAAACACUAGCGGGAAAGUAUAAAGUAGGACAGCUCUCACAAGUAAUAACUCUGGAGAGAGUGCGGUUUCGCGCCGCUGUAUAUCCGGUUGCCGAGGGUGGUGGAGGCUCCAAGCUAGCCGUGCAAGCUGUAGUUGUGCCGACAUCAAAGUGGCAAAAGCGGAGACGAGAGAACGCAUUCCAGUUAGCCCUAACUUGUUCGUGUUAUAUUUAUCCAUGACAGUAUGUGUCCGAGUACAUGCAUUUAUUGGAAAAAAAAAAAACAUUCUGUUUGCAAAGACAGAUACAUGUGGGCUCACUCUUGCAUGCUGUUGAAAGUGAAAGCAGAUCUUUUAUAUGUAGAGUUAUUCUUUAUAUCAUAAUUUUUGCCUCUCGUUUUAUCCACAGCAGUUUAAGUUUUGUACUCCAUUGUGAAUUAGUCCUGCCUCUCACUUUCCGAAUGAUAACCUAUGAUGUGUGGGUUGAUAGCAAUUAGAUAAUACACUGUUCUGCGCUGUGAUGGCCCCAACAAAUUUUUCUGUAAAGAGGUAAUCAAAAUUCUUUUCCUUUGGUGCCGCUGCAUGUCCUUAUGGAGCCUGCAUGCCAUGGCGUUCUGACGAAACUGAAAUACAAGAUGGCUGAUUCAUUUAAGUUGAUUGCUCUUUUUCCCUGUGCUACUUCCUACUUUUCUUUGCACAUUAGGGAGAGCUUUGACCAACUUUCAUGUCAGAAAAUAACUCUAUCAGUGUGUUUUACUGUGUAUUGCAAUGUAGCCACUUGUGAGUUGAAAGUUUGUCUUUUAUUUCUAUUGCAGGCAAACCCUAAUUGCAAGCUAGUUGAUCACUCGCUUCGACAUCGAAUGUGUCUGACUGCUAUGUGCAAGCACAUUUGCUGGCUUAAGUAAUUUCAACACUUUGCUUACUGUGCCUUGCGUGCAAGAUUUAAUUUCAUCCAUGAAAGGGUAUCCAAGCUGUUUAUGUUCCAACACAAAAAAUAAUGGUUGUAGUGCAUAUUUCCUGUGCAUUAGCAUAUUUCACAGGCAAUUUCUGAAAGUUAUAACUGGGGCAAAUUGGUGGAGGCAGGCAUUGAUUGUCAUUCUUAUCCCUGUUUGAUACUGAACCAGGCAAUUGUCUUUUCAAAACAAUGCAAAAUUGAGGUUUGGUAUAGUUUCAACAAAUAACAAAUGCUACUGAACUCUAGCCCCAGUCACUUUCAAGGUAAACUUUGUGGACCCAGCUUGCUGAGGAUUAAAAGGAAGAAAGAAAGAAAUUUGCAUUGAGGUGAAAUAAAUUAAGAAAUCAUUUGGGUAACUUGAGGAAACCCUUCCUUGGGCACCUACAUUGCUUUAUGUAUAUAUAUAUAUAUAUGUUUUGCGCUGCAAUUCCCAAUUACUUUUCUUGGCUGGCCAACUUGAUGCUAAGGACAUACCAGACUCUGCUUCGCCCUGAGGAAAACUAAGUAAAAAGCAAUAACCCCAACUUCCUAAAGUUGAUAGCAUGCCAUUAAGAACAGAGGCUGCAAAUUUGACAUCACACUGCUUUGUUACGUACAGCAUGCCAACAUGGCACUAUCGACUUGAGCAGCUCUCCGAAAUAGGAGGAGCUAGAAAAACAAAUGCAAGAGCUUAGUAGUUUAGCUGUAGAAAAAGCAGCCAUGAAACCCAUGUGCCUUUUUCUGACAAUUUCCCAUUGCCAAUUGCAAACUGCAGUCUUACUUGUGCACGGUAACAGUGAACAUGCCACCAGUUGUUCAGACAGGAUGCCAGGCUUGCACGCAAUUACUGCCUGCCAACUUGCGAGCGGCAUAAGAGUUUUUUCAACUGGUGAGCAGCACAAGAGGCUUCGUAUUGUCACUUUAGCUGUUUAUUUUUAAGUCUUUUGCGGGAACGUACAUGGAACUUUUGAUGUUAGAUUUACUUAUCUUGAUCUACUACAGUGGCUAUGACAUUUUACAGCAGUGCACUAGAUUGCAUGUUCGAAUUUCUGAAAUUUAAGAACUCUGCUGUAGUCCUCAUGCGACCAGAGUUAUGACUAGCAGGUCGUACUGAAAUGUUUCAAAUGUGCAAGCUUUCGUUAACGAGGUGACAUGACCACAACUAAUUAUGUCUUGUUUAGAUAGAUGUAGCCACUGGGGGAGUGAUAUUCUAACCUUUGAAUACUACUUAACUCGCAAAUAACUGGUGUGUUUGUAGCCUGUUGUAUGUAAAGACUGAGCCAUCUUGAGCCCUCUUCGUCCAACAAUCAUUUAUCUUUUGCAUUUAAGAAUUUUCUUCCUACUGCUUACGGUUGCUUGUGUUCAUAGCUUCAAGAAUGACAUCUUGUCUCGGAGUUCUGCAUUUUAUGUGAAGCUUCAGGAUCUCUAAUUCUUCGUACGUGAGAUCCCCAUUGAAGUGUGCAUUUGAUGUCCGAGAUUUCCCAAUGUCAGUGCCAUAUUACACAACGUAGUGUUAUUUCAGAUGCAAGGCCAUGUAUAAACAAGUGAAGCUUUAGUAGAUGUUUUUCUUUAGAAGUAUUUUUUUCUGCCAUUUUUUCAUUGUAAUGAAAGAUAGUUACUGGUGUUGUACCAACUUUUUUGCUAGACACAGUCUACCAUUGCCAAAUUUUAAUUGAUUGAAAGGUAUGUUGUUUUGUCGUCAGGUAGCCUUAGUAUGCAGUCAUUUGAUAUCUAGCUAUAUAUGGUAAGUGCUGUAUGUGGGGGAUUUACUCCAAGUCAACCAAAUUUCCAGUAGGCAGGUUAAGCAGAACUCAAGUUCAUAUUCAGUUCAGGUAGAACGCUUUACGCUGCCUCUGGUUCAUCAUGACCAGCUUUGCCCUUUGCAUCAUGUUCAGGGCAGAUAACAUUGAUAGCUCUUUUGUGAAUUCGAGAUUUUUCAUUUCAGCAGUGGCAACCCACAAUCUUUAAAAGGAUGCUGAAAAAAUUCAUAAUCUUAAGCUCGAACAGUAGACAGAACAUCUUGAAUACCAAAUGUGUCAAUUCUCCCUGCGUGCAGGAACUUGGUAAACCAGAAAGGAUAUGGGAAUUAGACUUGAAAAUCCACACACACGCUCUCAUGGACAUCACAGAUAGGGACAUCAUUAGCUCGAAGCCAGUAAUUUACUAGUAAAGGGCGAUGUCAGGGCAUUCAGAAGUAUGCAAUGACCUAGCUUCAGAGCUUCUGGAAAGUUUUGCUAAGCAUGAACAGACCCAAAUAUGCAAAAAAUUCCAUUAUAUCUCUGAUGACCUAUCGAUGUCAUUUUGUUCCAUGGUUUGUGUGUGGACUACAGUUCUUAUUGCUGAUAUUUGACCUUUUUCUACCAAGUAUGUGCGAAUUUGAGUUUUGAGAGUACGCUUUACCAGUCGAAAUUGAUUUGUUUGGUCUCUAGCAUCCCUAACAGCCAAAUGUGCCAUGAUAGUGCCAAGUUUUUUUUUACUAGGUAAAGAAGUGUUUAUACUGCAACUCUAUUUUGCCAUGUUUACUGCACAAUGCCCUUCCUAUGUGGCUUGCAUUAAACCUACCCGAGUUUGUUCUGAGUAUUUCAUUCACUAGUUGCUGUUUUGAGAGUGCUGUUUUCACAUUCAUUUGUUUUCUCACUUUCAGUAUGUGAACUGUCGCUUUGCAGGUCACAAUUUGUCUGGUUUGUCGUGAAAGACAAGUUUGAGUAAAGGUCGAGUGAGGCUUCAGCUUGCAUUCAGCUGUCGAGUGCUCGCUCUGAGCCCUAGAGUCAACCCUGUGUGCCAAAGGAUGUUGUGUGUGUUUUUGCUUUGUGGGGUAGCUGUUGUAGCUGCCGUUACUGUGUGCCGUGAUGAAGGAACAAAACGAGAUAACCUAUCACAUUUGAAGUGACUGUCAAUUUUAUUCGAUGGCCCGUACAAAGGCCUUAGCUUGCAGUCAAGUGCCACAGACGCAUCGGCCAGAAAGCUUGUACAUCAAAGUCAUUUACUGGCAUACCCACAACUUAGUGUUCAUGUUGUGUGUGCUUCUUUUUGUCAUAUUUGUUCUUCCACUCCAGUGUGCUUUAUUGUUGUUUUGUACGAUUUUGUGAACAGCGUUAAUUUCCUAUAUCUAGCAUGGACGCUUGAUAGGGAUGCCACCUGUAGUCCCUUGGCUGUGAUAAGCUUUUAGUGAAUAAAGUGUCGUAAUUUAUUCCUC